AACCCUCGUGGGUAUACGCACUUAAACCCCAAAAUGGCGUUGAGAGCAGCGGCGGCAACAACCACGGCAGCUCCUCGAGGCCUUAGAGCUCUAUUCUCGACUUUUUCAUCAAGUUUUCCGUUCAAUCCACCGCAGACACAUGUUGAACAGCCACCUCCCGCUGAGCCGUCUACCAAUCUCUUCGUUUCAGGUCUUAGCAAGCGCACAACAUCAGAUGGGCUUAAAGCGGCUUUUGAAGAAUUUGGUGAGGUGCUUCAAGCUAAAGUAGUGACUGAUCGAGUAUCUGGGUUUUCAAAGGGGUUUGGUUUUGUUAGAUACUCAACUCUGGAAGGAGCUGAAGCCGGUAUCAAAGGCAUGGAUGGCAAGUUUCUGGAUGGAUGGGUUAUUUUUGCGGAGUAUGCAAGACCAAGAGACCCUCCUCCCCCUCUAAACAACGGUGGAGCUUAUAAUGGCAAUUUCAACAGGCGUACAUUUGGCAGCCAGUAGAUUUUGUUGUGGAAUAAGGUUGAAGAUAUCCAUCGAUUAUAUAUUGGCAUUUCUGAUGGUCCAUGGAAGCUUGAUUAAGAAACACCGUUUCUUACAUGUGUUAUAUCUAAAUUGAGGUUCAAUUGUCUAAUCCUUGAUUCUUCAUUCAACUCGAAUUCAAUACGUAUUAACAUUUUGAUGCAAAACGGUAUGUUUUCUUUUUGGUCUGAUUUCUGUGUAUCCCUAUGUUUACUGUGGACCUGAUAGUAAAUCCGAACUUUUUUUUACUUCGUUAAAAUUAAGGGUCUCUUUUGGAUUAUUGGCAUAAUGUUAUACUCUGGUUUAAGCA